AUGGAUUCACAAUAUUCUUAUGAGAAAAAGCGAUGGCAAUUUGGAAAGUGGUGUAACUUUUCCGAAUAUGAGAAAACCGAAGUUGAUAUAAAAUCAGACGCUUCGUUUGGACAGAAUUUUAUAAGAAUAGAUCCGGUAACACAAGGCACGCAGUGUAACAAAACCUACGCUGCUCAUGAGGUGAACACAACAACUGCCACAUUCAAGGAAAAUGGAAUGCAUCACGUGGAGGGUGGUUGGCCUAAAGAUAUAAAUAUGCAAGAUUUAGAACAGACAGUUCGAUACAGACGUAAAAUCGAAAAGGAUGAAUUGUACAUUCACACAAUGCUUCAGAUGCUACCGGGUAUGGAACACUGCAUUUUGCAAAAUAAUGCCUGCAAUAUUUACGAGCAAUACUUUAGCAACACGGAAUCAACUCCUCUUGUUCAGAAGACAUUUUCUCGAACUGUUAAUGUUUAUCGAGAUCCUCUACCUAUGAAAAGACCAAUCACCCAUCUUUCCUGGUCUCCAGAUCAAGGAAAUCGAUUGGCUGUUAGUUAUUGCAGUAUGGCUUUCAAAAAGACUGCUAAUUACAGUACUGUUUCUUAUAUUUGGGAUGUGGAAAACCCAAAUAAACCAUACAUGCAAUUGAAAACCUUUUGUCCGAUGGUGACUUUAGAAUACAAUCCUAAGGAUAGUAAUAUUCUUAUUAGUGGAUUAAUGACGGGACAAAUAGCUGCUUGGGACGCCAGAAGAGCUUCAGAACCAGCUGAAAUAAGUUUAAUCGAAAAUAGUCACAGAGAUCCAUGCAAUAAAGUUUUGUGGAUAAACUCUAAAACUGGAACAGAAUUCUUCAGCGCAUCCAAAGAUGGACAGAUCAAGUGGUGGGACACAAGAAAACUGCAAAGCCCUACAGAGAGUCUAGUGAUAGAUUUAGUAAAACCUGAGGAACAGGAUAUUGACCGAGCUGUUGGAAUUUCAGCACUACAAUUCGAACCGUCAAUAGGAACACGUUUUAUGUGUGGAUUAGAAAACGGUAUGGUAAUAUCGGGAAAUAGAAAAGGUAAAACUUCAGCAGAAAAAAUCGCAACUCGAUUUAAAGCUCAAUAUGGACCUGUAAUCAGUGUAGAAAGAAAUCCAACAUUCGUUAAAAAUGUCUUAACUGUGGGCGAUUGGACUGCUAGAAUUUGGUCAGAGGAUUGCAGAGAAGGUUGCAUUAUUUGGACUCCAGGACAUAGGGAUCUUUUGACAGGAGGCGCCUGGAGCACCACUCGAUUUUCUGUCUUCUUUAUUACAAAAGUUGAUGGAACAUUAGAUGUUUGGGAUUUACUUGUCCAACAAGAUUCACCAGUUUUGAGUGUAAAGGUAUGUGACGAAAGUUUAACUAGUAUUAGACCUCACGAACAAGGACAAUUUGUAGCAGUUUCGAGUAAAAAUGGAACGACAUAUUUAAUUGAAUUUUCUGAAGCCUUGACUACGAAUCAGAAAAACGACAAGCUUCUACUAACAGCUCUUUUGGAUAGGGAAACCAGACGAGAAAAAGUAAUAGAAGCAAAAAACAGAGAACAGAGGUUAAAAAUGAAAACUGUGAGACCUGAACUCGCGAAUGAGUCUAAUGAAAAGUAUAACAGGUCUGAGAGUCAAGGAUCUACAAAAGAUUCACAUAUUUCUCAAUGUGAACAAGACUACGAAAGUGCUAUUCAAGCGGAAAUAGCCAGACACGCAUCGGCUGAGAAUGCUGAAGUAAAUAACAAUCAUUUGCACAAUGGACCAUCAGCUAAUUAA